CUUCCACCACUAAUAACAUAAAAGUUGUUUGCUUAUAUUUAAACAAAUGGGCGGCACUAAGUGUUGUUUUCGUGAUUGUCCAGUGGGUUCUAGCCGCAACCCCAGUAUGCACUUCUUCAAGUUCCCCGUUAAGGAUCCGAAAAGGUUGAAAGAUUGGGUGAGGAAUUGUUCAAACCCUGACGUUUCAAAUGCACCGCCGUCCAAACUGGCAGCCAAAACAGUUUGUGCCCGUCACUUUCGUGCGGAAUGCUUCAUGAACUACAAAAUGGACAGACUCAUCCCCAUGCAGACGCCUACUUUGUUCAGGAUCAACAGGGAUCUGGCACUAGACUAUGCAGAUCUCGACCAGAACGGUGAAGCUCUUCUCGUGAAGUUGACGCCUCCAAAGCAGCAACACCUAAUACCACCUAAGGAUUUCGAGUGUCCUCUGGGAUUCGUGGAUGGUGAGACACAGAAUGUGGAGGUUGUUAAGAAACGAAAUACAAUUGAGUUGACAAAAGAGGAGGAGCAGCGAAAAGGAAAAGACGAAGCCGACGAAGUUUCCGGAAAUCUCCAUGUGCUGGGUACGGAGCAGGAACAGGCGGUUGUACCGAAGGAGAAAGCAACGGCGGCGAACAAGAGUUCUACAUCAACCAGCGCUUCGGCUAUGCCUCAAAACAUUCUAGAUAUAAUAAGUCAACUACAGCCUUCAUUGGGCAUCAAAUUGAUUAAAAGACCUGUAAAGAGUCAACCAGGAAGCGAGAAUGAGUUGCCUCAGCUUGAAGAGCAGCUCCCAAAAGAACAAACUGAUGAACAAACAACAAAGGAAUUAAAAGGGACUGUGGUUAGAAAACGUGGGAUGCAGGAGGCAGAUGCUGAUAGACUGAACGAAGAGCAAUCCACCAAAGAGAAGACUAAGAAAAGGAAGCUAACCCAAGAAGCACAAAAGACUGACUCCCAAUCUCCACCUGAGAACGGUACGAUAUUGAACCGAUGUAGACAAUUGCAAGAGAAAUUCUGGGAUGAGCAGAAGUCUCGGAAAUUGGAGAAACCUACCCAAUCCAUCCAAAUUAAUCUUAGUUCUAGCAAUAAAAAUAGUCAAAGUGAUUCCAUUUCCGAAACCUUAUCUGAAUCUUUUCUAAACCUUGAAGAGAGCAUACCACUUACUACUGACAGUGAGGACGAGUCUGAACCAGAUGAAAAACCAUCUUCCUCGGAAGAUGCCCAGCUCGAUAAGCUUCUUCAGCAGUACGACAAACUGCAGGCCGAGUUUGAAAAGCUGUCGGAGGAAAAUGGCAAACUAAAACGACUGCAAGCGGAGUCCCCGAAGACAUCAGCUCCAAUCAAACCCGCUGCUGCUUCCCUCAGCAAACCCCAGCUGUACAUGGCAAUAAAGAAAUACGUGGGGCCCACGAUGGCCGCCUUGCUGCGCAUGGAAAUGUUUGGCGGCUCUGAGGAUCGCACUUGGAAGGAUGACGAGCGAGAGUUUGCCACAGAACUACUCCAACUGGGCGAGGAGGUGUACAAGUACUGUUGCGACGAGUGGCGCUUCCGCCUGCCAUCGAUGCGGAUUGCACGCUCCUGGCUGGAGAAAAAGAAUACGGAAAAUUCGGAAGAGUUUCUAGACUUAUAGAUUAUUUUGCCAUUAUUGACUUGGCAAUUUGAGGGGUAUUUUAGUGAUAAAUUAUUUUAUAUAUUACUUUUAAUCAUAACAUCAGUUCCGAUUCAUCUAAUAAAAUAGGUGUAUAUUAAAAACGCUUUAAAAUCCA